AAAUCCUGUAACCAAAACAAAGUCUGUUUUCGUCAAACUUGUAAUCGCUGCCACUGUGGUUGAACUGAUAGUUGGUUCUAUUGUUCGUAAACGAUGGAGAAAAUUGUAACGGACGAUGUCCAAGACGCCAACAACCUGUCUGAAGAGGCCGACCAGGCCGAAGUGCGCGUAUUUGUGGCCAGUCUUCUCGAGCGUUACGAGCAGAAGGCCGCGCUCCGUCAGCAGAACCUCAACGUACAGCAUCCGGCAGAGGAGUAUUUCUACAAGUAUGACUCGAGUGUGAAGAAAAACACGGCCCUGGUCAAGAAGCUCAAACAGUUUACGGCACAGCAGCUGCCGGCGCUGAUGAGCGAUGUCAGUUCGCUAAAUCUCACAAAGUACAUUUCGGAAGUGAGCUCCGCCCUGGUGGAGGCCAAGCUGAAAAUUAGCGAUAUUCCCGCCGCCAUCAGUCUUUGCAACUAUCUUCAUCAGCACUACGCCGAGUUUGCGUCGACCCUGUUCGACAACUGGCAGAAGGUGCUCCUGGUGAAGCCCGGUGAAAAAGUGGCCAACGUGAGCAAAAUGCGGGUCGAUCUGCGCUUUUAUGCCGAACUGAUAAGUGUCGGAAUCUUCACCAACAAGGCCGGACUGCCGCUGCUCGGUGCUUGCCUGACGGGGCUCAUCGCACAGGACAAAAACGAACACGUGAAUCUGUCGAUCGUGCUGUUAUUUUGCAAGCACUGUGGCGACGAGUACGCCGGGCUAGUGCCGGCCCGGGUAGGGCAGCUGGCCGCUAAGUACGGCAUCUCGUUGCCCGGUUCGCAGCUGAUUCCACCCGACAAGCAGGGCAACUUGCGCAACCUACUGAAGGACUACUACCAGUCGCUGGCGGAGCAUCUGCGAACGGAGUACAUGCAGCUCCAGGUGGCGGAAAAGUCCAAGUGGAAGAUGCUGCAUGCGAAGGGCGAAAUAACGACGGAAAAGCGUGAGCAGCUGCUGCAACUGCAGACUUCGUACGACAAGCUGUACUCGUCGACCAAAACGCUGGCCGAAUUGCUGGGGGAACCAUUGCCCGAGUUACUUGCGCUUUCGGAGACCACUGGACCGCUGGAGGGGUCCGUGGUUGAUGGCAAAGUGGAGGGGCUGGAGUUCGGGCAGCUCGAUCCGUGGCGAGACGAAGAGACAAAAUCGUUUUACGUCGAUUUGCCAGAUUUGCGCCAAUUUUUGCCCAACUACUGCGGCAAGCGAGAAGAGGAGAGCGAUGCGGAGGCGAGGGCAGCUGCCGAUACGGAACCGGCCAUCACUGAAGAGGCGCUCGAUUUGGAUGCGGAACUCGAACAGGAGCUGACCGAUGCGGAGACGGGAAGCAUUCCCGAGCAGCACCAGCCGCAGGACAGUGAACUCGGCGAUGGAACGGAUGUGUCCGACAUGUUUGCGGUUGGUGAAGAUGGUCUGGAACCGAACGUGCUCGAGGAAGGAGGCUCGAACGCCAGCAACCCUGCAAACAACCAGGACAAUCGAAAGUACUUCGAGCAAUUCGUCCAAGCGCUUCAGAACUGUGUCAACCGCGAACUGAUCGAUAAUGCGGCCAUCGAUUUCCUGCUGAACCUUAACACCAAGAGUAAGCGCAAACGGUUGGUGAAGGUGUUGUUCGGAGUGCAACGGACUCGGCUAGAUUUGCUCCCCAUGUACGCGCGGUUCGUAGCCAUCAUCAAUCUUGUGUCCUCUGAUGUGGCCACCGAGCUCUGCCAGAUGCUGAAAGUCGAUUUCAAGUAUCACAUCAAGAAAAAGGAUCAGAUCAACAUCGAAACCAAGAUCAAGGUGGUUCGCUACAUCGGUGAGCUGGUCAAGUUCGGCAUAUACAAAAAGCUGGAGGCCCUGUACUGUCUGCGGUGUCUGCUGCAGAGCUUCCAGCACCAUCAAAUUGAGAUGACCUGUGCGUUCUUGGAAGUAUGUGGCGUGUACCUCUACAACUGCCCGGAAAGUCGCCUUCGCACCAACGCUUUUCUCGAGCAAAUGAUGCGCUUAAAAGUGAACACCACGAUGCACGGCCGUCACGCCCAGCUGGUCGAGAACUGCUACUACUUGGUCAAGCGGCCGGAAGGAUGUAGGAUGGCGCGAAAGGUACGCCCGCUCAUGCACACCUACAUCCGGCAGCUGAUCUACCGCGAGCUGGACAAAACGAACGUGGACAAGCUGAUCAAACUGCUGAGACGGCUGGACUGGGACGACCCCGAUACGUUCGACUACACGGUGCGGUGCCUGUCGAAGGCGUACAAUAUCCGCUACCACCUCAUCCGCAGCAUGGCCGAUCUUCUGGCAGGGCUGUCCUCGUACCAGGAGAAAGUGGUCGUCCGCGUGAUUGACACCGUGUUUGAGGACAUCCGUGCCGGGCUGGAGAUCCACGACAACAAGCUGGCCCAGCGCCGUGUAGCGAUGGUCAAGUAUCUGGGCGAGCUGUACAACUAUCAGCUCGUUGAAGCGGGCAACGUGCUGAACACACUGUAUUCGAUCAUUUCGUACGGGGUGCAGCCAACGCACAGCGCCACUUCCUCGGUGGUCGAUCCGCCCGGCUCACUGUUCCGCCUGAAGCUUGUCUGCGUCCUGUUGGACACCUGUGGCCAGUACUUCACGACCGGCACGAACCGCAAGCUGCUCGACUAUUUUAUCGUCUUCUUUCAGCAGUACUUCUGGUUCAAGAGGUCGCACCCAUACUUUCAGGGGCAAAAUACUCGCGAUCCCUUCCCCAUACUGGUGGAGCACAUGUACCGGGAAUGCUUGAAGAAUUUGCGCCCCAAACUGAAGCUGUACGCGAGCUACGAGCAAGCUGUAGCAGCCGUCGAAGCAUUGCGCCAGAAGCUAUAUCCGGGAGUGGACAUGAGCUCUGACCAGCCGUGGGUAGAAUCGGACGACUCGCAGCAGCAAGGAUUGCAAACGAUUAAUGAAGCGCAGGAAACGGUGACCGAUCAGAAGACGGAAACAGAAGACUGUACGUCGGAUUUGGAGGAUGAGUCCGAGGGCUAUAGUAAGUUGCGGCGUGGUGGGCCGCUCGAUGAGGAUGAUGAAAUGGCUGCGGACGACAAUGGGGGGGGCACGGAGGUGGAUGAAGCUUGUUUCGAGCAGGACUACGAUGAGGUGGCGGUAGAAGCCGACCCCGAACAGUUGGUGGAGGACUUAAAUUUUGAGCGCGAGUACGAACGGAUGGCAUCGGAAUGUUAUCUGCAAAGGGUGAAGGACUCGGGCAAGGUGAGCGUGAAGCAGAUCCCGAUUCCCAUCACCUUUCGGAAUGAUACGAAGAAAACUUACGACCAGCUGCAGGAACCAAAAGUGGAAAAAUCCGACAUGGUGCCGUUCGCGUUGAUGAUACGCGGUAAGGGUAAGCAGCAGCAGUAUAAGACAUUUGAAACACCGGAAGACAGCCAACUUGCGCAGUACAUCCGUGAGCAAGAACGACGCCAGCAGGAAGAGAAGGACAGCGUCAAGCGGCUGACGUUGAAUAUUUCCGAAAGGCUCGAGGAAGAAGACUAUCAGGAGUCGCUGACCCAGCCCGUACGCGGAAUGGACGUGCUACGUGCGCGCUCUCUGAAACCGGUUAAAUUCAAGCAUCCUCGUGGGGUGCCCGACGUGGAUGCCAUUUUUCACUAGGAAGAGGAUUACAUCAAUUCUGCGAACACUGUACAUCAUUAGACCAUGAAGUCAAGGCACAC